CUCAGAAGGUGGAGGGGAACCGUCCCCGCGGCACAGAGGCGGCUCUGCAGCCCCGGGACGGCGCCCGCUGCUCCCGGGCCGUGCCUUCCCCCGCGUGUCCGAUGGCAGCGGCGGCGCCGAGGCUUCCGGCUCAGCAGGGCACUGUGACCUUUGAAGAUGUGGCUGUGAACUUUUCCAAGGAGGAAUGGUGUCUCCUUAGUGAGGCUCAGAGAUGCUUGUACCGUGAUGUGAUGCUAGAGAACCUGGCACUUAUAUCCUCCCUGGGUUGUUGGUGUGGAUUAAAAGAUGAGGCAGCACCGUCGAAGCAGAGCAUGAUUGUACAAACAGAGUCUCAGGACAGGACUCCUAGGGCUGUUUCUCCCAGGAAGGCUCACUCCUGUGACACGGGUGGCCUCAUCUUGGGGGAUGUUUUUCACUGUGCUGACCACCAGGAAACUCAUCGCAAGCAGAAACCGAACAGGAGUAGGGCGUGUGGAAAAAACUUGGAUGACACUGCAAACCUUCAUCGGCAGCAGAAGCAGCAUAUUAGAGAGAAAUUCUGCAGGAGGAGUGUCAGAGAAGCAUCGAUUGUGAAGAAGUCUAAGUUGAUGGUGUCACAGGAGUCAUCUGUCUUCUGUGACUUUGGGAAUGACGUUCUGCCCAGUUCAGGAUCAUGCCAGGAAGAAGCCACUCACCCUGUAAAGAAGACAAAGAGUGAAUCUAAGCAUGGCUCACCCUUUCAGGAGGGGAAAACUAACUACAGGCGUGGAGAACGCACAAAAGUCUUCAGCACCAAACACUCACUCACUCCACACCAGAAACUUUUCACUAGAGAUGGAUGUUAUGUGUGCAGUGACUGUGGGAAGUCCUUUAGCAAAUAUGACAGCUUCAGGAAUCAUCAGCGAAUUCACACAGGAAAAGGGCCUUAUGAGUGUGGAGAAUGUGGGAAAUCUUUUCGUCAAAAGGGCCACCUCACUCAACAUCAGCGAUUUCACACUGGAGACACAGCUUAUCACUGUGGGGAGUGUGGGAAAUCUUUUAGUCGGAAGCGCAACCUUAGUCAACAUCAGCGUGUUCACGCUGGAAAAAGGCCUUAUGAGUGUGAAGAAUGUGGGAAAUCUUUUGUUCAAAAGGGCAACCUCAUUCAGCAUCAGCGAGGUCACACAGGAGAAAGGCCUUAUGAGUGCAAGGAAUGUGGGAAGUCAUUUAGGUACAGAUCCCACCUCACUGAACACCAGAGACUUCACACUGGGGAAAGACCUUACAGUUGCAGGGAGUGUGGGAAAUUAUUUAACAGGAGGUGUCAUCUUCUUGUUCACGAGAGAGUUCACACAGGAGAAAAGCCAUAUGAGUGUGACAUAUGUGGGAAAUUAUUUGGCAAUAAGAACUGCCUGACUAUACAUCGGAGAGUUCACACUGGAGAAAGGCCAUAUGAAUGCAGCGAAUGUGGGAAAUCAUUUUCUUACAGUUCUGUGCUUCUUGUUCAUAAAAGGGCUCACACUGGGGAAAAGCCUUUUAAGUGCAGGGAAUGUGGAAAAUCCUUUACUGAAUGUUCCAGUCUCACUAAACACAGGAGAGUUCACACUGGAGAAAGGCCUUAUGAAUGCACCAAAUGUGGAAAGAGAUUUCAUCGCAGCUCUGCUCUCCUUCAACAUCAGAGAGUUCACACAGGAGAAACACCUUAUGAGUGAGUGAAUGUGGGAAAUCCUUUGCUGGAACCUCCAGUCUCAUUAAACACAGGAGAGUUCAUACUGGACAAAGGCCUUAAGAGUGCUGUCGACGGGGGAGACAUCAGAAUGUCAGCUCUCCUUAAGAGACGUCAGGUUGAGGCGGUCUUGCUCUGUCACCAAGGCUAGAAUGCAGUGGUGUGAUCUCGGCUCUUUGCAACCUCUACUUCCUUGGUUCAAGGGAUUCUCCUGCACCAGCCUCCUGAGUAGCUGGGAUUACGGGUGCACACCACCAUGCCUGGCUAAUUGUCGUAUUUUUAGUGGAGACAGCGUUUUACCAUGUUGGCCAGGCUGAUCUCUAACUCCUGACCUCAAGUGAUCCACCUGCCUUGGCCUCCCAAAGUGCUGAGAUUACAGGCAUGAGCCUCUGCACCCAGCCUCAAUUUUUCUUAUAUUGCUUAGAAUAUGACAUGCUCAACCAGGCAUGGCGGCCCUUGCUUGUAAUUCUGAUGCUUUGGGAGGACAAGGUGGAUCACUCGAGGCCAGGAGUUAAGAGACCAGCCUGGGCAACAUAGCCAGACCUCUUCGCUACAAAAAAGAAAAAAGAGUAACAUGCUGUGAAAAAUUACCUGUGUAUUGUUUAUCUGAUGCAGUGUAUUUCAGUUGCUGCUUGUUUUUGUCUGUUGUAAAUAAAACUACAUUUGAAUGUG